CCCUCUUACUCCUUGGGAAACGAGAGGGCGAGCGGCGGGACCGGGUUUUGGCGGCAUAGUGACUGAGUGCGACACCCGGCGAGCGCGGGCAGCGGAGGCGCCGCGGUUGCUCCGGGCGCCGCGAUAGGCAGGUGUGUGCGUCCAACGGGCGACGCGCGCUGCCAGCUUGUAGGCUGGCGACAGAUUGUGCUGGAAUGCAAGGAAUGCACCAGGGACAGAGUCCGCACGGGCCGCGGCCGCACUAGCGCCUUCCCGGCCCUGAUCUCGCCGCGUAGCCAGAGGUCACGGCGCAUCUUCAGAGCUGGAGGAAUGCCCGCCCCUGAACAGGGCUCACUGGUGGAGGAGGGGCAACCACAGACCCACCAGGAAGCUGUCUCCACUGGCCCAGGCAUGGAACCCGAGACCACAGCCACCACUAUUCUAGCUUCCGUGAAGGAGCAGGUGUUUACAUCCCUGAGUACAUUGGGAUGACUGGCAUGGAGAGCUGCUCCAGCUGCCAGUCAGAGCCGGAACAUGCAGGAUACUUGUGCGUCUGCAAGAGCUUCAGUUUCAACGACUCACCCGAGAACUGGAAGUGGAAAGGCAGAUUGUUGCCAGUCAGCUAGAAAGAUGUAGGCUUGGAGCAGAAUCGCCAAGCAUCGCCAGCACCAGCUCAACUGAAAAGUCAUUUCCUUGGAGAUCAACAGAUGUGCCAAAUCCUGGUGUGAGCAAACCUAGAGUUUCUGACACUAUUCAUCCCAACAACUAUCUCAUCAGGACAGAGCCAGAACAGGGGACCCUCUACUCACCAGAACAGACUUCUCUCCAUGAAAGUGAGGGAUCGUUGGGAAACUCAAGAAGUUCAACACAGAUGAAUUCUUACUCUGACAGUGGGUACCAGGAAGCAGGGAGUUUCCACAACAGCCAAACCGUGAACAAGGCAGACAGCAGACAGCAUCCAUUCACAGGAUCAACAAGUAACCAUGUGGUGAGGACUUCAAGAGCUGAAGGACAAACACUGGUUCAGCCAUCAGUAGCCAAUCGGGCCAUGCGGAGAGUUAGUUCAGUUCCAUCUAGAGCACAGUCUCCUUCUUAUGUUACCAGCACAGGCGUGUCUCCUUCAAGGGGGUCACUGAGAACUUCUCUGGGUAGUGGAUUUGGCUCUCCAUCAGUGACGGACUCCCGACCUCUGAACCCCAGUGCUUACUCCUCCAGCACGCUCCCUGCACAGCGGGCCGCCUCUCCAUACUCACAGAGACCCGCCUCCCCAACAGCCGUGCGCCGGGUCGGGUCUGUCACCUCCCGGCAGACCUCCAAUCCCAACGGACCAGUCCCUCAGUACCAGACCACCACCAGGGUGGGGUCCCCACUGACCCUGACUGAUGCCCAGACUCGAGUAGCUUCCCCAUCCCAAGGCCAGGUGGGGUCAUCGUCCCCGAAACGCUCUGGGAUGACCGCCGUACCACAGCACCUGGGACCUUCACUGCAAAGGACUGUUCAUGACAUGGACCAAUUUGGACAGCAGCAGUAUGACAUUUAUGAAAGGAUGGUUCCACCUCGGCCAGACAGCCUGACAGGCUUACGGAGUUCCUAUGCCAGUCAGCAUAGUCAGCUUGGGCAAGAGCUCCGUUCAGCUGUGUCUCCUGACUUGCACAUCACUCCUAUCUAUGAAGGGAGGACCUACUACAGUCCAGUGUACCGCAGCCCAAACCACGGGACCGUGGAGCUCCAGGGGUCACAGACAGCAUUGUAUCGCACAGGCUCAGUAGGUAUUGGAAAUCUACAAAGGACAUCCAGCCAGCGAAGCACCCUUACAUACCAAAGAAAUAACUAUGCCCUGAACACAGCAGCUACCUAUGCGGAGCCCUACAGGCCAGUUCAGUACCGAGUCCAAGAGUGCAGCUAUAACAGGCUGCAGCACACAGGGCCAGCUGAUGACGGUGCCACAAGAUCCCCAUCAAUAGACAGCAUUCAGAAGGACCCCAGUACUUUAAAAGGUGUUAUUCAUUGUCUUCAGACAUCUGUUGUUUUUUGGGAGUUUGCCUGGCGUGACCCUGAGCUGCCAGAAGUCAUUCACAUGCUGCAGCACCAGUUCCCAUCGGUCCAGGCAAAUGCCGCAGCCUACCUGCAGCAUCUGUGCUUUGGUGACAACAAAGUGAAGAUGGAGGUGUACAGGCUAGGGGGAAUCAAGCAUCUGGUCGACCUGUUGGACCACAGGGUGUUGGAAGUUCAGAAGAAUGCUUGUGGCGCCCUUCGAAACCUUGUGUUUGGCAAGUCAACAGACGAAAAUAAAAUAGCAAUGAAGAACGUUGGUGGAAUCCCUGCCUUGCUGCGACUGUUAAGAAAAUCCAUUGAUGCAGAAGUAAGGGAGCUUGUUACAGGGGUUCUUUGGAAUCUAUCUUCGUGUGAUGCUGUAAAGAUGACAAUCAUUCGAGACGCGCUCUCAACCUUAACCAACACUGUGAUAGUUCCACAUUCUGGUUGGAAUAACUCUUCCUUUGAUGAUGAUCAUAAAAUUAAAUUUCAGACCUCACUGGUUCUUCGGAACACAACAGGUUGCCUGAGGAACCUCAGCUCUGCCGGGGAGGAAGCACGAAAACAAAUGCGCUCCUGCGAGGGGCUGGUGGACUCGCUGUUGUAUGUGAUCCACACGUGUGUGAACACUUCUGACUACGACAGCAAGACAGUGGAGAACUGUGUGUGUACCCUGAGGAACCUGUCAUACCGGCUGGAGCUGGAAGUCCCUCAGGCCCGGCUGCUCGGACUGAACGAGCUAGAUGACUUACUAGGAAAAGAGUCUCCCAGCAAAGACUCGGAACCAAGCUGCUGGGGAAAGAAGAAGAAAAAGAAAAAGAGAACGCCACAAGAGGACCAAUGGGAUGGAGUCGGGCCUAUCCCUGGACUGUCCAAGUCCCCCAAGGGAGUCGAGAUGCUGUGGCAUCCAUCAGUGGUAAAGCCGUACCUGACUCUGUUAGCAGAAAGUUCCAACCCUGCCACCUUGGAAGGCUCUGCCGGAUCCCUGCAGAACCUCUCUGCUGGCAACUGGAAGUUUGCAGCAUACAUCCGGGCAGCUGUCCGGAAGGAAAAAGGGCUUCCUAUCCUUGUCGAGCUUCUAAGGAUGGAUAAUGACAGAGUUGUCUCUUCUGUGGCCACUGCCUUGAGGAACAUGGCGCUGGACGUUCGCAACAAGGAGCUCAUAGGUAAAUACGCCAUGCGAGACCUGGUGAACAGGCUUCCAGGUGGCAACGGCCCCAGCAUCCUGUCCGAUGAAACCGUGGCAGCCAUCUGCUGUGCUCUGCACGAGGUCACCAGCAAAAACAUGGAGAAUGCCAAAGCUCUGGCCGACUCGGGAGGUAUAGAGAAGCUGGUGAACAUAACCAAAGGCAGAGGAGACAGAUCCUCUCUGAAAGUGGUGAAGGCGGCAGCCCAGGUCUUGAAUACAUUAUGGCAGUACCGGGACCUCCGGAGCAUUUACAAAAAGGAUGGGUGGAAUCAGAACCAUUUUAUUACACCUGUGUCCACGCUAGAGCGAGACCGAUUCAAAUCACACCCUUCUCUGUCCACCACCAACCAACAGAUGUCGCCCAUCAUUCAGUCAGUUGGCAGCACCUCUUCCUCACCAGCACUGUUAGGAAUCAGAGAGCCUCGCUCUGAAUACGAUAGGACCCAGCCACCUAUGCAGUAUUACAAUAGCCAAGGGGACACCACACAUAAAGGCCUGUACCCUGGCUCCAGCAAACCUUCACCAAUAUACAUCAGUUCCUAUUCCUCACCAGCAAGAGAACAAAAUAGACGGCUACAGCAUCAGCAGCUGUACUAUCAAGAUGACUCCACCAGGAAGACCUUGGAUGCAUACAGACUGUACCUGCAGUCUCCUCGAAGCUAUGAAGACCCUUAUUGUGAUGACCGAGUUCACUUCCCAGCUUCUACUGAUUACUCAACGCAGUACGGACUGAAAUCAACCACGAAUUAUGUAGACUUUUAUUCCACUAAACGACCUUCUUAUAGAGCCGAACAGUACCCUGGGUCCCCGGACUCCUGGGUGUAGCAUCAAGACGGCUGCCUGCUGAGGGGCGCUUUCCUUCUGACUCUGUUUGGAUUGAGGGGAAGUCCGUCUUGCUGAUGAUGGUGACCGUGAAAGUGAAAUGGAAGGGAUGAGUGAAGAGGUUUUGGUUUGUUUGUUUGUUUUUUCUUUUUUUGAGGAAUUUUCAGGGAAGUGAGGAAACCCUUGGGAGAGGACUUUGUACGCGCUGUGUAGGUGUUAGAUCUAAUUACUUGUAGAGUCUAGUGGUGAAGGUGUGGGUGACGUGCUGGGAGGCUUGAGACGUGGGUGAGAUGAGAUGGGUAUGUGUAGGUCAAAUCAAAUGACAGAUGAUUUUUUUAAUGUGAAUAAAGUUAUGUUCAGAUAGUUUGUACAGAAAAAAUAAUAAUAAAAUGGAUGCCCUUCAUGUUUUAUUGCUAUUACUAAAUGUCAAGAUUGUAUGCUAUUAUGUCUUGUAAAAAUUCCUUCUGUUGGUGUAAAUAUGGAAAUGCCACAUUGGUUAAGUGCCAUCAAUUGUAAUGCAGUGUGUCAUUUGAAAAGAGAUUUGAAGAACUGACAGCUUAAAGCCCAAGCGGGAAACCCGCCCGGGAACUGUUCGCAGUUGACAACAAACUCUGACGCCCUCUGUUUUCAGUGAGUAGUGAACUCCGGAAGCACAAAGGCCAGCGUGACAGCAGCGCCAUGCUCAUCCCCCUCACAGGACACUUCACUGCCAUUUUCUAUGCACAUGGAAGAAUAAUAAAUGUGGAAAUUUCAUCCUGGA